AUGAGCGAAGAAGGACCUCAAGUUAAAAUAAGAGAAGCCACUAAAGAAAAUGUGGAUUUCAUUUUAUCAAAUGUUGAUUUGGCACUAGCUAAUUCAUUGCGUCGUGUUAUGAUUGCUGAAAUUCCAACCUUAGCCAUAGAUUCUGUUGAAAUUGAAAUUAAUUCAAGUGUAUUGGCAGACGAGUUUAUUGCACAUAGACUUGGGUUGAUACCUCUACAAAGUAUAGAUAUUGAACAAAUGGAAUACAGUCGUGAUUGUUUCUGUGAGGACCACUGCGAUAAAUGUUCGGUAGUACUAACUUUACAAGCUGUUGGUGAAAGUGAAAGUACGACGAAUGUAUAUGCUAAAGAUUUGACUAUUGUUUCCAAUUUAUUAGGACGUAAUAUUGGUCAUCCAAUCAUACAAGAUAAAGAGGGCAAUGGUGUGUUAAUUUGUAAAUUAAGAAAAGGUCAAGAAUUGAAACUGACUUGCAUAGCCAAAAAGGGGAUUGCCAAGGAACAUGCCAAAUGGGGUCCCACAGCAGCCAUUGAAUUUGAAUAUGAUCCUUGGAAUAAAUUGAAGCAUACUCACUAUUGGUAUGAAGCGGAUCCAGCAAAAGAAUGGCCACAUUCUAAAAAUUGUGAAUACGAAGAUCCUCCGGUAGAAGGUGAAUUAUUCGAUUAUAAAGCUAAGGCAGAUACCUUUUAUAUAAAUGUAGAGACUAUUGGUUCUAUUCCAGUAGAUCAAGUAGUUACAAGAGGAAUUGACACUUUACAGAAAAAAGUUGCAUCUAUUUUGUUAGCUUUGACACAAAUGGAACAUGAAAAGGUUAAUGCUGUUGGUAAUAUACAGGGGAUGAAUUCAGGCAUGCAAGAUCAUGAUUUUAACAUGGGUGAUAUGAACGGUAGUUCAUACUCUAAUGCUGUAAGUGGAAAUGCUCCAGGCGCCGGUGGUAUCUAUGACGAUGCUUGGUAA